AUGGCGACUCUUCUCCCACCACGCUAUUAUGGAUCUAUAUUCCAUAUUGAAUAUACGAAAGAUGAAAAGGGGGAGAAGAACUUAGAACCAGCAAUUUUGAUAACUGGAAAAGAUAGUUUUAUGGUAUUAACAAAAGAUUGGUCUAAACCAGUUGUACAGAUAUCAACAAACAAUGUUCAAGAAAUGAAAAGGGGUAAACAUGGCGUGCAUUGCAAAUAUAAAGCCGAUAAUAAAAUCCAACACAUUUAUUUUAAAUCAGAAAAAACUGAUAAACUUUAUUCCGCAAUUACUGUCGAAACAUCAAAUACAGCUCAAAUGCCAAACUAUAAUACAUUGCCUAAAGUAAUUCCAACAUUUAAAUUCGAAAUGGACUCCGUUACAGAAGAAUUAUAUCAAAAUUUGAUCAAUUUACAGACAAGAUUCUAUUCAUCAUUCAAUUGUGCUAAGCCAUCGCAAAUUCCUUUUGUAGAUUUACUUGUUUGCGUUUAUAGAUUCAGAUAUUUAAAUGAUUCAGCGGAUCAAAUACAAAAUAACGUUGAUGCUCUGCUUACUGAAAUCAGACGUCAAUUUUUCAGCGAUUGGUGCCUCGCUUUACUCAAAGCUGCACAAUUUGAUCCAAAAGUACCAAAUGCUUACGAUUUUUCGCUUAGAAUCGUAACAAGUCUUCUCACUGAUAUACAUUUAAACUCUGAUUCCAUUGAAGCAAAUACAACUGAUUUAUAUAAAGCAGUUGGAGAAAUGUGUGAACGAGGAGAUGCAACAAAUAUUACAGCUGCUGUCAAAUCCAUGCUUGAUAUCUUCGAUACAAUGUAUGAAGAUGGAUAUAAAGCUCAACCAUGCGCAAAUCAAGCAAUUCUACGAGUUCUAACAAGAGUUUUGCUUCUAAUGUUCUGCGGAAAUAUGCUUCAGAUAUAUCCAAUUGAAAUCGAACGACUUGUUAUUAGAACUGCAGAAUUUACUGUCGCUGCUUACAAUAAAAACCUCUUAGAAGAGCAUUUUAAGAUACUACGUAAGACUGUUGACUCAUUCCAUAACGAAUUAUUAAGAUUUAUGGAUACAAGAAGAUACGACCCAUUAUUUAGGUUUGUUUACGUAUCGGCUGAGCUAUCAGAAAAGAUUAAGAAUACAAAGCUUUAA